AAAAGCUUCAAGUUUCAGUCCUUGUAUUGGAGACUGGAAACACUCCCCCGGGUCUUUCUCUCUCCUUAAUUUCUCUUUUCACAUUUUUAAAAAUAGAGCAUGCAUGACUUCAUCACUACCCUGUAUUUGUAACUCCAAGCCCACAUGGGCAAAACUUUGAGAAAACCCAACCCAUUUUGUAUGUUUUUUUAAACAGCCAUGCCCUGAAGUUCAACUUGUAUGAAAAAAGCAAAGUUUUUGCUAGAGAAGAAGAGAGAGAAUAGAAGGAAGUUUUCGUUAUACUGGGGUUCCAAAGCCUUGAAAUUGGUGAGAGAGUGAAGUGGGUUUCUUAGAAUAGUCAUUAGGUGUUUGAUGGAAUUACUGGGACGUGCGUCUUCAUGGAGAAAACCUAGGAAUAAGAUUUUUGGAUACAGAACAGGACAACACCAAUGUACACAAAAACAAAGAGAUUUUGCAGAAGAUACAACACAAGGGAAUUUCUCAAACAUGGCAUCUAGCUGGUGUAAGAUCUCCCCAAUCAUUCCCAUUUUUGUGUUUUUCCUUCUUGUUUCUUCUUUGGUUUGUCCCGCCCAAUCGUCGGAACACAGAGAAGAACGUGCAGCCAACCAGACUUUCCGGCCGGAGGAUGAGUUACAAAAGCUUAAAUUAAUAAGAUCUCGUCUCAGGAAGAUCAACAAGCCUGCUGUCCAGACAAUUCAGAGUCCUGAUGGUGAUUUCAUAGAUUGCGUAGUGUCUCAUCUACAACCAGCUUUUGACCACCCUCAAAUUAAAGGGAAAAAACCACUGUAUCCACCAGAUAGACCAAAAGGCCAUAACCCAAUGGGGGUGGUGGAAGAAAACUUUCAGUUAUGGAGCAUGUCUGGCGAAUCCUGUCCAGAAGGAACAAUUCCAGUCAGAAGAACUACAGAACAAGACAUGUUAAGAGCAAGUUCUGUUCGAAGAUUUGGAAGGAAACCGAGAAAAUAUGUUAGAAGAGACUUCAGCAGCGAUGGCCAUGAGCAUGCAGUUGGGUAUGUGAGUGGAGAACAGUAUUAUGGAGCAAAAGCUAGCAUAAAUGUCUGGGCGCCCCGCGUGGCUAAUCAAUACGAAUUCAGCUUGUCGCAAAUGUGGGUAAUCUCAGGCUCAUUUGGCGAUGAUCUUAACACCAUUGAAGCUGGUUGGCAGGUUAGCCCAGAGCUGUACGGGGACAACUAUCCUCGAUUUUUUACGUACUGGACUUCGGACGCAUAUCAAGCAACCGGGUGUUACAAUUUGUUGUGCUCAGGCUUCGUUCAGACUAACAGUAGGAUUGCAAUUGGAGCUGCAAUCUCCCCAACAUCCUCCUACAAAGGUGGACAAUUCGAUAUUAGCUUAUUGGUUUGGAAGGAUCCAAAGCAUGGAAAUUGGUGGCUAGAAUUCGGAUCCGGAGUUCUUGUCGGGUACUGGCCAUCUUUCCUGUUCACUCACCUUCAGGAUCAUGCAAGCAUGGUGCAAUUUGGAGGAGAAGUUGUGAAUUCCAGGCCAUCUGGUUUCCACACUUCAACACAAAUGGGAAGUGGACAUUUAGCUGGAGAAGGGUUUGGAAAAGCAUCUUAUUUUAGAAAUUUGCAAGUUGUGGAUUGGGAUAAUAGCUUGGUUCCAUUAUCAAACCUAAGAGUCCUAGCAGACCAUCCAAGUUGCUAUGAUAUACAAGGAGGAAUAAACAAUGUUUGGGGGAAUUAUUUUUACUAUGGUGGACCUGGAAGGAAUGUGGAGUGUCCCUAGCUAGCUAAAAGGGAUCGGAUAAAGGUAUACAUCAUCAUGAUCAUGAUCAGUUUUUGUUGGGUUUUUUUUUUUUUUUUUUGGGGGGUUUGAUCUCUUUUUUCUUCUUAUUCUUUUUACUAACUGGUGAUUCAUUAAUUAUACCACCUUUUAGGGACUUGGUGUAAAUUUGGGGAAAAGAAAUAGUGAAAUAUACUAGUGGCCGGGUUUGUCAUCUUCAACAUUUUCUGUCAUCGGAUUCGUAGCCUACUUUGUUUAAGAAAGAGUUUGGCUUACGUCCUGUUAAAAAUUUAUUGUAUGUAUUAUGUUUGAAAAAUGAU